UAAGGCUAUGUUUACAUCUGUGCUGGUGGUGCGGCUGCGGAUCCGCACUAAAAUUCGUGCACCACCCGCACAGAGGAAUGCGGACCCACGGGCAGGUGCCAUUAGUUCUAAUGGCACGCCGCCCGCACUGGAAAAAGGCAACUGUACUGGGAACGGAGGUUCCCGUGCAGGCUGCGUUUUCAGAAGAAGUGCGGGGACUUCAUCCCUGCGUGUCACGGGGCAUGGGAGUCCAUUCAAAUGAAUGGGCUCUCGUGCCCGCACAAAAACACGGCCCGCACGACCGCAUAUAUUUGAACCAGGGGUAAAUGU